AUGGCCUCGUCCAGCCAGCUCCCCGAAUUUCUCGUCGUUGUCCCCGACAAGCCCGGCGUCAGAGAGAAGCGCCUCGAAGUGAGACCAACGCACUUCAAAAACAUGACUCCAAAUGUAGAGUCCGGCGACUGGAAAAUGGGCGGCGCUCUCUUGAACGAAGUACCCACUGAUUCUAACGCCGCCAACUUUGACUUCUUUGGAAGUACACUCGUAUGCAAGGCUGAGAGCAAAGAAGCCGUUUUGGAGCAGUUGAAGAAGGAUAUUUACGCUACUUCUGGAGUGUGGGAUCUCGAAAAGGUCCAAAUCUACCCCUUCAUUUGUGCAUUUAGAAAGCCAUAA